UGAAAGGCGACGCGCGUUCAGCCCAAGCGAUUGUGCGCCUGCAAAUCAAACCCAAAAGCACUUUGUGUCCGAUUAUAAAUUGAUCCGCAGACACCAGACGUCUCGACGUGCCUUUGUCAAAGCAAAGCAAAGCGCCAGUGUGAGUUUGUGUGAGGCGGCCACGCAGUUUAUUUGAUGUCAAACACCCUGCAGAGGCGGAGAUGGUUUGGUCUGUAGUAGGUGGGACUGCCGAGCGGUCUGCAGCAGGACGUCGUAGAUCAAUGAACCGGACCGUAGGGUUGGUCCAUCGCCUGGUGUGCAUCUGACUGUAUAGAUGUGUCAGUGUACCUAUGCAGGGACCGAGGCUUCUUUUUCUACUGUUAACCAGCCUGUUCAGUAUGCGGAUGUUUUAAACCGAGUGGCUAUUUCAUAGGCUCUGUACACCCGCUUGGAUUCCGUCUCUAGUGGCUCCUCGUUGCGAUUUUUUUUUAAAUUUUUUGGGAAUAAAAUACAUCUGUAACCUCCAGGAUGAUCUUUGCAAACACAGGCAACCCACUGAAGACAGCCAAUCGUAAGCAGUCCUACCCCAUGACUCCGGCCAGUCCCAGCAGCAGCAGCAACAGCAGCAGCACAGGCCUGGAGCAGCUCAGCAAAACCAACCUGUAUAUCCGCGGCCUGCCUCCUGCGACUACAGACCUGGACCUGGUCAAACUCUGUCACCAGUAUGGCAAGAUUCAGUCGGCAAAGGCAAUCCUGGACAAGACAACCAACAAAUGUAAAGGUUACGGCUUUGUGGACUUUGACAGCCCGGCGGCUGCUUUAAAGGCAGUACAUGCUCUGAAAACCAGCGGCAUACAGGCCCAGAUGGCCAAGCAGCAACAGGAGCAGGACCCCACAAAUCUGUACAUUUCCAACUUGCCUCUCUCUGUGGAUGAGAAGGAGUUGGAGAACAUGCUGCAGCCCUUCGGCCAGGUCGUCUCCACACGGAUCCUCCGAGACUACAGUGGCAACAGCCGAGGCGUGGGCUUCGCCAGGAUGGACACAACAGAGCAGUGUAAUGCCGUCAUCUCCCACUUCAACGGGAAGUUUAUCAAGAUAGCUUCUGGAGCUCUGGCUCCCUCUCAGCCCCUGCUGUGUAAGUUUGCAGAUAGUCAAAGGAAGAAACACGCUCACAGCGGGUUCGUCCCCAACGGACAGACGGGGGAUCUCAGACUAGGUGCAAUGACUCUUACCUAUGACCCCUCCUCAGCGGCUAUACAGAAUGGGUACUAUCCUUCUCCGUAUCCAGUGAGCAACAGGAUAAUGACCGUGCAGCCUGCGAUGUCUCCCUACAUGUCUCCAGUCUCUGCUUACCAGGUACAGAGUCAUUCCUGGGUGGCACAUCAACCAUAUAUCAUGCAACACCCGGCUGCUGUGAUGUCUCCCUCUGUGGAUCCCUCCAUGUCACUGCACCCCUCGGCCAUGAUUACUCAGCAGAUGGGCCAGCUGUCACUGGGAAACACUGGAGCAUAUAUUUCAGCCAACCCUGGUGUCCAGCAGGCUUACAUGCCUCAGUAUCCUCCCAUGCAGGCAGCACCUGAAAACGGCACACCGCAACAAGUGGAUUCUUCCAACAACUCGUCUCCUUACAGUCAACUCAGCAAGUAAUCACAGACAGAUUCCCGCUCUGUGAGCCAGAGGGCAGGUGGGACUUUGCCGAUGACAUCACAGUGGUAACAGUCGCCGCCUUCUCUGAUUGGACCAGAUACGUGAACUUUUUUUGCACAGCCCAGUCGUUUGUGGUGGAAAAUGAGGACAGUGUAAAUGGACUCAAGCAGUUGGCUAAUCACAGAAAAAAAAAACAAGAAUUAUUUUUGUUAAGAAACAACAUGCUCUUCUUUUUCUCUUUUUCAAGGAUUCUCAAACAAAUGCCAGAGGACCCCCUCCCCCUCCCCUCCACCUCACCUCCCCUCACCGCUCCUCCCCCAGUAUGAUGUGAUAUUAAAAUGCAUGAGAUUGAGAUAGUCCCCCCCCUCCCUCCGAGGUUUCUAUGAUUUUAUAGUUUCUUUAUUUGUGAUAUAUGAUAAAAAAAACUUACAAAACCCUGUUUGCACUGAAGUUUCAGAAUAUCCUCAUUUUGGUUUUCAAAGUCGCCGCAGAAUAUCUCACAAAAUCAAUUAAUGUUCAACUGCACUAGACAGCUGAUACAGGUGACCAUUUCAUUAGGAAAUUAAUAAAUUUAUUAUUGGAAACGGUGCCUUCCUUACGUCACAUCAAACAUUCUCCAACAUUUUCUCAUCAAACUUGAUCAGGUGUCUUAUUUCUAUCUGACUGAUCAAAUAUGUGUGUGUGAAAUCAUGGAGAUUUCCAUUGAGUGUUUCGCUAUCUAGUCUUCUGGUAGCAAUAAAGACAAUGAGAGUCCCACGGCAAUACUGAGAAAAAAGAACGGUGACAAACUCAGAGCAAGGUAACUCCUUACUUUCCCUCUAUCCUUUUUUUUUUAUCCUCAAGACAUGACAUGAAAAAAAAGAGCUGUACUUUUAUGAAAUUACAAGUUUUACACCCAAUGGACAUCUUUUAGGAGGGUUUUUUUUUCUCUUGUGGUCAGUUUGACCAGUGAUCUACCUCAUGGUUCUGCCGGAGUCUGCUGGUGUCAUGGGGUUUGCAGGUAAAGCCCCCUUUGUUCAGCAGAGUGGACGAAGCAGAACAAAAGCCACGCUCAGGAGCUGGCUAAAUAGGACUUCUGCCCGUUUGUCUCCCACAUGCAGCAUUUCUCUUCCUGAUCUGCAAAGAAACAUUGUGCUUUUGCUUCAUCUUUAUUUGUCAUUGCUUCUGUUCUGGUGUUUCUUUUUCUCAACAUGAUGAGCGCUGUUCAGUUGUGAAGCUCCAUUUUUGAGAUUCAGAGUACGAAAACUACUAGCUCCUCCUCGAAAUAGUUGGUUUACAAUGUGCUUGAAACAAAUGAAUGCAGGCUUAGUGCAUUUAUUUUGUACAUUCUUCUGCCUUUGACAUUCUAGACAGAUCUUAGAUGACUCACCACUUUCCCUUACCUUUUCUCUUUUUCCUUUUAAAAAGACUUAAAGUCUUUCUUUGGUUACAACGCUACUGUAAAGCUCUUCAAAAGCAGCGUUUGAGGAUUAGCCUGAUUUUGGCCUUUUGGUUAUAUAACAGCUUAACAGUGUACAUGCCAGGCAAUUUGGAUCUCAAGUCUUGCCUUGUGCAAAAUAAAUACAACAAUCAUGUGUGAGGUACGUAAAAAAAACAGCAGUACUUCAUUGGAAUUUGGUGGUAAUUGAAAUCACAUGACACUGACAGCAUGUAUUUUAAAGGUUGUAAGAUUUGUAAAUUAUAAACAUCCAGGGCCAAAAGUGAAAAAUAUGUGAGUUUUAUUCUUUGCUUUGCUUUUGUUUUUCUUUAAAAAGAUGAUUUCUGAUGUAAGAAACUCUACACUACUAUGAGAUGAAAAAAAAAAUAGGGUCAAAGCUGUAUGAUCGUGGUGCUUCUCCCCGGUCGACAGUAAUAUGGCAGUAAAUGCUCACCUUCUGAAAAUACAAGCAGUAACCUGCUUGCGUGUACUUUCCCAUUCUGAACAUUUGUUGCUCGAAAAAUGUAAAAAUGAAAGACAAAAAAAUAUCUUGUACAUGUUAUCCUCAUUGCUUCCCCCGUUGCCUUCAACUGACUCUCAAACAAACUUCUCCUUACGCUCUCCUUUGAAAACAUUGGAAUAAAAACAGUGCUGAAUAAAAGGCUCUUUCUCAGA